AUGCCUUACUAUACACCUCCAUUCAACGUUGGAGCGAAGCUUGCAAGAAGACUGCAACUGAGUCUUUCUCCUGGUGAUGAGUUCGUAGUUACUUGGGAGCAACACAUCAACCAAACACGAUAUCAUCAACUGCGGCUGAGUUCAUUGAACUGCAGCAAAUGCAUCAUGAACAAAAUAAACGAGGUCAGGAAAGUUACUGGCUAA